AUCUGUUAUGGACCGCAUCGGAUUCUAUUGAUCUCAGCCGUCGCCAACCAUCCGCUCCCGUCUAUAUGAUAAUCCGUCCCUCCUGCAAUUCCACCCGGUGAAUCCAAUUAGGGUUUCCUCUUUCCAUCUCCUAUCGUUCAAGGCCGGGGCGUCAAGAGAUGGUGAAGGCGUCUAAAUUAAGGAAGCAGAAGCAGAAGCUGAAGCGGCAGGGAACUCCGUCCCUCACUCCAUUAAAGAAGAUCAAGAAGGCAAAAAAGAAUGAGGAGCAGCUGAACGAGAGCGAGCCCACAAUCCAGCCUGCGGACGGAGCGGCGACCUCGGCCGCCGGGACAAGCAGGGCGGCUGACAAUGGGAAGGGAGAAGGGACUCCAUCCCUGGCUUCAUCAAAGAAGAUAAAGAAGCCGAGGAUGAAUGAGCAGCAGGAAAAGAAGAGCAAGCCCACAACCAAGCCUGUGGACGCAGCAGCAACUUCUUCUGCCAACAGAAGCAGGGCGGCGGACAGGGGGAAGGAUAAAAACCCUGUCGCACCAUCUAAUAAGAGUUCUGGAUUCAUCUUCAUGUGCAGUGGGAAGACGAAGCCUGAGUGCUUCCGUCACCGCGUUUUUGGGCUUCCCAGAGGAAGGAUUGAGAGUGUCGAGAAAAUCAAGCCAGACACUAAGUUGUUCCUAUAUGAUUUCGAUCUGAAGCUUCUAUAUGGGGUUUACAAGGCCACAUGUCAGGGUGGGAUGGACCUAUCACGGAAUGCCUUCCGAGGGGCCUUCCCUGCUCAGGUGAAAUUCAAGGUUCACAUGGAUUGCCUGCCACUUCCAGAGACUAUAUUUAAACACGCUAUUCAAGAUAACUAUAACUCAAAGGGAAAAUUUACUCCUGAGCUUAACUCAAAACAGGUUCACAAACUAAUAUCAUUGUUUCGUCCUGUAAAUGAGACAAAGCAACGGAGAUCUCCACCUAUUAACUAUGUUGAGGAUCGCCGUUAUCGACCUCAUUUACCACUUGACAAUCCAUAUAGAUCAGCUCAUGUGCCACAUGCCUCACCACCUCGGCUUGAGGAUCCAUAUAGAUCAGCUCAUGUGCCACAUGCCUCACCACCUCGGCUUGAGGAUCCAUAUAGGCUGGAUUCCCGGCCACUUGUCACAUCUCAUUUUCUGCCUGAAGAAUCUUAUAGGAUAGGUCAUCUGCCACAUGGCCCACCUCAUGUGCCACCUACUGAUUCAUAUAGGCCUAGCCAUCUAUCACAUGUUACACCUGUGGAGUUGAGAUAUAUUCAUGCACCACAUACAAGCGAUCCAUUUGCUAAUUCAAUACAAGAACCCUCUGUCAUACCCACUGUUGAUCCAUUUCAAGUGGAGUCUACUCGAUCUUACUAUUCUGAAAAUCCUGCUCGAGGUGAACGGCUUGUUUAUAGGUUAGUUCGAGAAACGGUUCCAGGUGGGGAUACACACACGAUCCCACCAAGGGGCUACCACACACUGUCUUCUAGAGAUGUUGAUGCCACCAUUCCAGUUACUGAACAGAGGACCUAUGAACGAGCAAUUGGCCACCGAACAACAGCAGGAUAUGAAGAUCCCAGUGUCCAAAGCAGGGUCGCCGUGCCAAAUAUGCCUGUUUCUCUGCGCUACACAUUUGAUGGGGCGAUGACAGGAUAUCGCUAGCAAUCUCGUUGUUUCCGGAUGGAUGACGAUUCUUGCUCUGGGCCGCUAUCGUGGAAGGUAGGUAAACAAACAUUGUAGUAUUUUGGCGAUCAGCUUGGGAGGAAUCUACACAGAACCUUUGUAAAAAGCUCUGCAUUACUUUGACAGUUGUAGUAGCAUGCUUCAGUUGAGCCUUUUACCGAAUCCCAGUUUGGAAUAUGCUAUAUUAUGCUUUAUGUUUGGACAAAUGUAUUUUAAAUUGAAUUCCCAGUCAUUUACACAUUUUAAACCUCUCUUUUAUGCUACAUUUACUUUGUAUGGUUUAGUAUUUAAUAUUUUAAAUUGCACACAUUAUUAAUUA